AAAACCAGUCAGCCUCACGUGCGCGAACGUGACGGGUGUGCCUGCACCGCCGCUCGCUCUCGCCGCCUACAGUCGCGCCGUGCCAAAUUAUGAAUCUAGUGCAACCCAGUGUGACGUAGUGGAUGUUGCUUGUGACCUGUACGUGCGAAACCUAACCCAUUCCAUUUAUAAAAUAGCCGAAUAAGUUGCGAGGCGGGAUGCGAGAGGUGAAUGAUCGUCGCCGCGGCGCCCGACUCUCGCUGGCUACUAUUGUUUAAGUGCCACGGAAUCUUGGUCCUUCCCAUCGUUUGCCAUCGUAACUCCAACAUACUUAAUCAAAACAAACAAAUUAGCGAUAUCCACUACGUCGACCUUGAAGUUAACCCUCAGCUUCAAAACCGAACAGAAGCCUUCGCUACAAGAAAGUGUUAGUGGCAAUGCUGACAAGUACUAGCCGGUGAGUGCAGUGAGUGUCAUGGCGCGGGCCGCCAUCUUGCUGCUGCUGUCAGUGCUGGCGGCUGCGCGGGCGCACUACACGCCGACGUGGGCCGUGCACGUCCCGGGCGGGAGGGAGGCGGCCGACGCCGUCGCCAACGAACAUGGGUUCGUCAAUCUUGGAGAGAUAUUCGACAACCACUUCCACUUCCACCACAGCCGCGUGUCGCGCCGCUCGGCGUCGCCUGCGCACGCGCACCACGGUCGGCUCGCCGCCGACGCGAGAGUGAGAUGGGCGAAGCAGCAGCGCGCUCUGUCUCGCAAGAAGCGGGACUUCCAACCUUUGUACAAUUUUUCUACUACAGCUGAGACCUACCCCCGCGAGGAGUGGCCGUCAUCAGCGUCGAAGCGGGACACGGGCAAGCGGGAGCCCAGCCGGGUGAAGGGACGGCCCCGGUCCACGGACUCCAGGUUCCAGUUCAACGACCCCAAGUGGCAACACAUGUGGUAUUUGAACCGCGGCGGUGGGCUGGACAUGAACGUGGUGCCGGCGUGGCGGGAGGGCGUCACGGGCAAGGGCGUGGUGGUAACCAUCCUGGACGACGGGCUCGAGACCGAUCAUCCGGACCUCGUCGCCAAUUAUGACCCAAUGGCGUCGUACGACGUGAACUCGCACGACCCGGACCCGCAGCCGCGCUACGACAUGAUCGACUCUAACAGACACGGCACGCGCUGCGCCGGCGAGGUCGCCGCCACCGCCAACAACUCGCUGUGCGCUGUGGGCGUGGCUUAUGGGGCUAGCGUUGGAGGAGUCCGCAUGCUCGACGGUGACGUCACGGACGCGGUGGAGGCGCGCUCGCUCAGCCUGAACCCUCAGCACGUGGACAUCUACAGCGCGUCCUGGGGCCCUGACGAUGACGGGAAGACCGUGGACGGGCCCGGGGAACUGGCGACAAGAGCGUUCAUCGAGGGGGUCACUAAGGGUCGCAACGGCAAAGGCUCGAUCUUCGUCUGGGCGUCCGGCAAUGGCGGCCGAGAGUACGACAACUGCAACUGUGACGGCUACACCAACUCCAUCUGGACGCUGUCCAUAUCCUCGGCCACGGAGCGCGGCGAGGUGCCCUGGUACUCCGAGAUGUGUAGCUCCACUCUAGCUGCUACGUACAGCAGUGGGGCUAUUAAUGAGAAGCAGGUGGUGACCACAGACCUGCACCACUCGUGCACGGCGGGGCACACCGGCACCUCGGCCUCCGCGCCCCUCGCCGCCGGCAUCUGCGCGCUGGCGCUCCAGGCGAAUAAGGAUCUGACGUGGCGGGACAUGCAGCAUAUUGUGGUCCGCACGGCGCGGCCCGAGCGCCUGAGCUCCGGCGGCGAGUGGCGAGUCAACGGCGUGGGGCGCAACGUGUCGCACUCGUUCGGCUACGGGCUACUGGACGCGGGUGGCAUGGUGCGACUCGCGCGCGCCUGGCGGACCGUGCCGGCGCAGAGGAAAUGCGAGCUGGCCGCCCCGCGCCCGCAGCGCGCCGUGCCGCCCCGGAGUCAUGUCACGCUGCAGCUGGACGUGGGCGCGUGUCCGGGCGUGAACUACUUGGAGCACGUGCAGGCGCGCGUGUCCCUGUCGGCGUCGCGGCGCGGCGACCUGCGCAUCACGCUCACCUCGCCCGCCGGCACGCGGGUCACGCUGCUGGCUCCCAGGGCGCACGACUCGUCCCGCGCCGGCUUCAACUCGUGGCCCUUCAUGUCGGUCCACAUGUGGGGGGAGGCCCCGCUCGGCAUCUGGCAGCUUGAGGUGUCCAAUGAAGGGCGAUAUAUGGCCGGACCGCUGACCCAGUGGGAGCUAAUAUUCUAUGGGACGGAAACACCGCCUCAUGAAGAGAGUGUGUCGCAAGAGAACAAUUCUUUGGAGCCAAAUCCUGAGAAAGCCAAGCCGUGGAGCCGGCCCAAGGUGGAAGAAGUUCCGCAUAACGCCAUCGAAGAUGACAUGGCGCUAGUGUGGCACGAUACUCAUACGGUCCGUGACAGCGGCUUGUCAAAAGCGGCCGAGAGCGAAGCGUCCACAUCUUCCGGCUGCUCCACACACUCGCCGCAGUCUCCCCUCCACUGCCUAGAAUGCUCCAAGGGUAUGCACUUAUUCGGAGGGCGGUGCUACAGAAAAUGUCCAGAAGGGACCUACGCCAGCGAGGUGUUGACGGAACGAAGCUCGAGGCGACGAAACUUCACGUAUCUCGAGGUUGGGCCCAAAAAGAAGAGGUUCCCCUUGAGCAAGACCGAAGCAGACGACAUGGAACAAGGACAAGUCAAGUCUCCUCUGAUCUGUCUCCCUUGCCAUUACACCUGUGCGGCCUGCACCGGCCCCCAGAACUAUCACUGCCAGACCUGUCCUGAAGACGCUCAACUGGUGAACCAAACUGAUACAGAGUUAAAGCUCUACUGCUAUCCAAGCGCAGUCGUCCCUCAGAUCACUGAAGCCAAUUGGCAUUACAAAAUGAACGUAUUUCUGUCUAUAGCUCUGUUUGUUGCCAGUUGCAUUUCUUUGUACUGCCUGCUGACGGUUGUCUUCAAAAAGUUUGGUUGUUGUCGCGGUAAGUAUGACUCUAACUUGAUGAUGUACCAUAAAGUGGCGCCAGAUGACAAGUCUAUAUCAGCGAUGGAAGUCGAGGAUGAGAUUCAUAAAGCGCUGGGUGAGUCUAGCGAUGAUGAAUCUGAGGAUGAUGAUUUAAACUUAUAGCAUCUAAUGACUUUUCGUCCAAACUAUUAUAAAUUGAUCGAUCAAACUUGUGUUAGUGAUUAACAAAUUCAGGGCUCGUCUUGUGAUAUUGUGCGACUGUUUAUUUUUCAAAUGACUAAAGUAGCAACUUUUAAGUAUAGGUAUAGAUUUAGUUGAUAAGUUUUGAUGAAU